AUGUCUAACGUCAAAGGAAAAGUUAUCAUUAUCACCGGUGCCAGCAGCGGUCUCGGUCUCGUUGCUGCCAGGGAGUUCGCUAAACUAGGAGCCAAAGUGGUUGUUGGUGCUCGGCGCAUUGAUCGUUUGACUGAGCUUGUAAAGGAGCUUGGCCAGCCCGAGGCCACUGCCGUAAAGGUGGAUGUCACUAAACGCGAGCAAGUCGAGAACCUAGUCCAGACUGCCCUUGAUAUCUACGGACGAAUUGAUGUUUUAGUCAAUAAUGCUGGAUACAUGCCAUUGUCUUAUAUGGAAAAGUGCAAGGUCGAUGAAUGGGACGCCACCAUUGAUAUCAACAUCAAGGGUGUUUUGUAUGGAGUCGCUGCCAUCAUUCCCGUGUUCAAGAAACAAAAGUCCGGACAAAUCAUCAAUGUCUCAUCUGUCGCUGGCCACAAUGUGCUUAUGGGCGGUGCUGUAUAUAGCGCCAGCAAGUACGCUGUUAGAGUCAUCAGCGAAGGACUUCGCCAAGAGCUCAAGCCAUACAAUGUUCGGGUUUUGAACGUGUCACCCGGUGCCACAGAGUCUGACCUCGCACACGGCAUCACAGACGAGGACGUUAUGAAAAACAUAGAGAAGGAGUUUGAGGCCGUUCCUGCCACUGUCUUUUCGGAUGCGUUGAUUUUUGCCGUCAACCAGCCUGAAAACGUCGACGUGAAUGAAAUUACUUUCCGACCAGUCAGUGAAAUGUUUUGA